UUCCCACCAUGCUGAUGGCAUUUUAAAUAUAUUUGUCAAUUUUCCCAAAUUUUAACUGAGAAGACCUUAAGAAUUCAUACUCGAGGACAAAAGUGUGACUGCCGAUUAUCAGUAUCAGGCUUUCAGGAUGAAUCUGGAAAAACUCAGCAAGCCUGAACUCCUAAUGCUGUUUAGUAUUCUUGAAGGAGAGCUUGAAGCAAGAGACCUUGUGAUAGAGGCUUUAAAGGCCCAACACAGAGAUACUUUCAUUGAAGAACGCUAUGGAAAAUACAACAUCAGUGAUCCUCUAAUGGCUCUGCAGAGAGACUUUGAAAUACUGAAGGAGAAGAAUGACGGUGAAAAGCAGCCGGUGUGCACAAACCCACUCUCCAUUCUUAAGGUGGUAAUGAAACAGUGCAAGAACAUGCAGGAGCGAAUGCUGUCCCAGCUGGCCGCGGCUGAGAGCAGGCACCGAAAAGUGAUCCUGGACCUUGAGGAGGAAAGGCAGAGACAUGCACAGGACACAGCUGAAGGGGAUGAUGUCACCUACAUGCUGGAGAAGGAGCGAGAGCGGCUGACCCAGCAGUUGGAAUUUGAGAAGUCCCAAGUGAAAAAGUUUGAAAAAGAGCAGAAGAAGCUGUCCAGCCAGCUGGAAGAGGAGCGCACCCGCCACAAGCAGCUGUCGUCCAUGCUGGUGCUCGAGUGCAAGAAAGCCACCAGCAAGGCGGCCGAGGAGGGGCAGAAGGCGGGUGAGCUGAGCCUGAAACUGGAGAAGGAGAAGAGCCGGGUGAGCCAACUAGAGGAAGAGCUGGCAGCUGAGAGGAAACGAGGCUUGCAGACCGAGGCCCAGGUGGAGAAGCAGCUGUCUGAGUUCGACAUCGAAAGAGAACAACUUAGAGCAAAACUGAACCGAGAAGAGAACCGGACCAAAACCCUGAAGGAAGAGAUGGAAAGUCUGAAGAAGAUAAUGAAGGACCUGGAGGCUUCUCAACAGCAUAGUGGCCCCACGGAGCAAGUGAGGAAACCGGUAACCGUGUCUAAAGGCACCCUGACUGAGCCUCCCGUGCUGGUGUCUGUGUUUUGCCAAACGGAAAGUUCGCAGGCAGAAAGAACCCAUGGGAGCAACACAGCCAAGGUGACAGCCACCGGGCUGCCUGGUCCCACCACUCCUCCUUACUCGUAUGCAAAAACCAAUGGCCACUUUGAGCCAGAGACACAAACUGCCAAGGAGUCGAUGAUCGGUAGCAGUGUGGAGAGCCAAGUGCCUCCACGAGACAGAUCUGUGGGGUUGGCCCAAGAGAAAGCUGUGGAGAAUGGUGGGUGUCCUGCGGGAAUUGAGACUCCCGUCCCAGCAACCGGUCACCUCCCGUCCAGUGGGGGCUCACUGUCUCCCAGCAGUACCGCCUCCUCCUCCCUCACAUCCUCUCCUUGUUCCUCCCCAGUGCUGACUAAGCGCUUGCUGGGGUCCUCAGCCAGCAGCCCCAGCUACCAGUCCUCCUACCAAGUAGGGAUCAACCAGCGGUUCCAUGCAGCUCGGCACAAAUUUCAGUCCCAGGCAGAUCAGGACCAACAGGCCAGUGGUCUGCAGAGCCCCCCAUCCAGGGACCUGUCUCCCACCCUCCUAGACAACUCUGCUGCCAAGCAGCUGGCCCGCAACACAGUCACUCAGGUGCUCUCCAGAUUCACUAGCCAGCAGGGGUCCAUCAAGCCCGUCUCCCCCAACAGCUCUCCCUUUGGCACAGACUAUCGAAAUCUGGCCAACGCUGCCACCCCAAGAGGUGACACCAGCCAUUCCCCUACUCCAGGGAAAGUGUCCAGCCCGCUGAGCCCUUUGUCCCCAGGGAUCAAGUCCCCCACCAUCCCCAGAGCUGAGAGAGGAAACCCUCCACCCAUCCCACCCAAAAAACCUGGCCUCACCCCUUCUCCAUCCACUACCACUCCACUGACCAAAACUCAUUCCCACGCCUCUUCUGUGGCCACCACAGAAGACCUAGCCGUCAGCUGCUCUUCUACUGCCAUCGUAGCUAAUGGCAAGGACGUGGAGAUACUCCUGCCCACCAGCAGCUAGUCCCUAGCGGGAGUCUCCAUGGCUGACAUUCCACCAGAUUUCGUCCAAGAGCUCAGAGUCCAACCGUUGAGUCAGAUCAUGUUAUUUAUUUUGAUAGGAGCUGAAACCAUCUGUAUAGUCCAUUUAGUGUAUUUCGCCUUUCUUUGUAUUUUUUUUAAGUAGAAAGUGAGUCAUUUGGAUUUGUAUGCCUCACACCUUUGUACUAAAGCUAGAAGGGCACCUCAAAGAUGUCUCAAGCUCAGCAGUCACUGUCUCGUGAUGGAGAAAGCUAAUUGAGGACAGGCAGUGAUUUGCUGUCUAAUUUUGGGACUAGAAAUCACUCAACGCUCGUUUUGAAUUAUGCAGAAGUGGUUCAUGCAGAUUUUUAUUCCAGAUGAACAUGUUUCAAAAGUGCCUGAAAUAAGCCUGCAAUACAAAUAUGGUCCUGCAGCAACAAUACAAAAUGGAUCAUGUAACUGCAGAAAGCGAGAUCCUCCAUGAAUCCUGAAUGUUAAAAACCAACACUGCUUUUAAUCCUCUUUUACUGUUUUAAUAUAAGCUUUGUGUUCAGAAACAAGGCUGCGUCAGUAGGACGGGAAUCCUAAAGGUAGGUGUGACCUCACCACAAAGCUGAGCUCUUAGAGCCCUCAAGAAUCCCUCCUGAGCAGGAAGCAGUAGGGGUGCUGAUUUUCUUGUACUUCUGAAAAAUGAAGUCACUCCCCAUUUCCCACAUCAAUUCUUGAAUAGAAGGAAAUCACAUCUCCGUUCAAAAAAUCUCUUCAGGCAUCUACUGUUGUGUAAGGAACUUCUGAUUCCGAUUGCUGUUACUUGAAUAGGAAAUGGUUACUCAUUCUGUAUAAAAAUUUUGCAACAGAAUGAGAUCUUUAUUAUGUACUCACAAAGCAAUAACUUAAAAUUCACUAUCUUUGUAAUAUUAUAAGUCAGAAUUAUACAGGUUUUACCAAAUUGCCACACUUCUUGUCUGAGCUGCCAGCACUUGGUGUCUGUAUCUGUGGAACCAAAUUAACUUUUCCCUAAAUGGAAGUAUACAUAUAUCUGUAUAGAUGCACACCCCUUUACGUGUUUCACAUACACACACCUAAACACAUGAAUAUUAGUGUGAUUAUACCUUUGGAGUUUGCAAUAUAGCAUAAAGGUGAGUAGAAAUGCACAUUAGGAUUACCUAACGGAGCAACUAGACGUGGCUGGGACCCCAUCUGUCAGAGGAAGGGCGUGGAAUUCCGAACAAAGUCAGAUCUUCAGGGUCAUAAAGGGCCAGAGUCAAACCAACCCCAGCGUCACAGAACUCAACUGGCUGUGUAAAUGAGUGAAACCGGUCAAUCGGGGGCUAUAAGAGCUGGGGUGGGGGAAGCUAUAGCUAACUGAAGUGCCCAAGCCCCCCUGUUCGGCUCCAGCUGCUUGUUGCCAUGCAGUAGUGCCCAACCAGGGUUACCAGCUCAAGUUUUUGUGAAAUCCAAAUUUUCAUAGAAACGUCCUCACUUUGAAGUAUCAAAAUAGAUCCAAAAACAAUUUUAAACUGCUGUUUAAACGCUUCUGCAGCUGGGUUUAGCUCACCAGCUGCCAAACUGCAACCUCUUUCAUUCUAGAAACUUCUGUCAUUUCCAUUAUUGUGAGUUUCUGAGGACAAACACCUCCACCCUUUCCAACAUAUAGGCUGGUACAGCUGACAGAGGCCGCAGGAUAUAAUGACUCUCCCCAUCUUCCAAGUAAGACCUUGCAACCCAGCUGAGAUGAGGUGGUUCUAGGACUUUUUGUCCUCAGGGAUGGCAAGGUCCUGGUAUCUUCACAUACAUUCUCCCUGGCCAACAUUACUCAGCAGCCCUGUCCUCCUGCGGUAAUUUAAAUCUAUUUCCUCUUAAUCCAGUAUGAAUCGAUGGGAGACAGGCCAGUGAUAGAAAUCAAUGUAUAAAUCACAAUUGGUGUCUCCAGGGCUUACAGUUUGAUUAAGGCCGAUACAUCAAAAAUUAAAGUACUACUAAUGCCCCAGGGUGUCUACCAAGUGAUGAAUGGGGCAUCUUAUAAACUUCCCAAGGCAAUCAUGCAUUAAACCUCAUUCCCUCGCACAGCCAAGUGAAGUGAUAAAACAGCUAAACUUUGUAAACAGGAUGGGGGCUCCAGUCUCAGAGUGUUAUUACCUCUCUUGCUUUAAAUGGUAAUCUUAAAAGUUGCAUUGUGCUCUUCCUUUGUUUUGGCAUAGAUCUAUAUAGAGAGAGAUUCUAUAAGGAAGUUUAUUUCUUAGGAAGUGCACUGAAUAAUGUAUUUCUUUUACAGUGUAAUAUGGGGGUGGGGAAAUGCAAAAGAAAUGUGUAUUUUUGCUAGUUGCCUAUCUUCUAAGAUAAAUAAGCACAAUAUUGCAAUGAAUCCAAUAAUCCAGCUAGGUAUUAUAGAUUAGUAUUUUAAGUUUGCUGUAGAUCGUGUGUGUGCUAAGUAAAAGUUCCACAAUCCACAGCUUGGGUCUUAACCCAUGUUGUGGAAGCUAGAUUGCUAGUCAGCAGAUGCUAGUGGAUGUGCAGCACAGACCACAGGCACUAACCAGGCAUUCUCAUUGUGAAGCCAAAUGUACCAUGCAGAAGUCUUCAUCCAUUUUUAUAGCAGACUGCAUUAAAACAAGUUAAAUCAUA